UAAAAAAGAGAACGAAACAAAUUUUGAUCACAUCACUGUUAGACUUGAUAAAGAUGGUGUUCCUGUUCUUGCUUUUUGUUUGUGUGGUCAGCCAUGCGGCUGGGAAUAUGGAUCCAAUCCUUGGAAUGGAUCCAAGUGCCAGUCCUCAACAAUCAGUUGAUUUAACAUUUGGUGAUAUGAUGUUGACUGAUAAACAAAAAAAAGCAUUAAAAUCUGGUGAAGACAUGGGUGGAAGUUCGAACGCAUUCGCUGCAGUGACAGGAAAUAAUCUUCGAUGGACCAAUGCUGUCAUUCCUUACGAAAUUGACUGCUCGAUCGAAAAUCUGGCAGAUGCUGUAGACUCAGUAAUGAAAGCUAUGGCUGAAUGGGAAGCAAAAACUUGCAUUAGAUUUGUGAAAAGAACAAAUGAGAAAUAUUACUUGCGUUUUUUUAGAAACACACAUUGCUGGGGAAAUGUUGGAAUGACUUCUUACACAAGAAUUUCUGUUGGACACGGAUGCGAAUAUCAACAUGUCAUGACUCACGAGAUUGGUCACGUGGUUGGAUUUUAUCACGAACAAAACAGAAAAGACAGAGAUAAGUGGAUUAAAGUGCACUGGGAAAACAUCGGACAAUUUAAAGAUGCAUUCGACAUUGUGAAAAACACAGAUUCCUUAGGCGUAGCAUAUGAUUAUGCAUCCAUCAUGCAUUAUCCAUGGAAUGCUUUCUCAUCGAAUGGCAAAAACACUAUCUCUCCAACCCAAGAUUUGAAAGGAAAAACUCCAUAUAUUGAGUUGAGCAAAGAUGAUGCUGAACAGACAUCUCGAAUGUACAAUUGUCCCAAUAUCAUGAAGAAACGACAACAGGCCAGAAAUAAGCGACAUGUUGGUCAUAUUGAAGAUAAACGCGCUACAAAAGUUGAUUGUGCUGAUAGAAAUAGGUAUUGUUCUGAUUGGGCACGAGAUGGUCAUUGUUCCAUAAGUACAUAUGUGCAAGAACAUUGCAAACUCAGCUGCAAAUCGCCAUCUUGUCAAGGAAGUGACUGUCUUGACCAACGCUCUGAAUGUCCUAAAUGGAAGUCAUGGGGUCACUGCUCUCUUAACCCGACUGUUGCUACUCUGUGCCAGAAGAGUUGCAACCCAACAUGCCAUGGUACUGUCCCAACACAAACACCAACUGCAUCCCCACCUUCUUCUAAUCCACCUGUUAUGACUAAUCCUCCAACAAGAGGUCCAGUCCCAACAGGAAAACCAAAUGGAAAAUUCCUCGGAACAGGUAAAUUAUGUCAAGACAAACACCAAGAGUGCGCAAAUUGGGCAAAGAAUGGCGAAUGCCAGGCUAACCCAGGUUGGAUGUUGAGAAACUGUAUGGUCUCAUGCAACAACACGGUCUGUGACCAACCCGGCCUCAAACCACCCGGUCAAUGCGCUGAUCCGCUUGGUUUAUCAUCAGAUGGAACCAAAAACUUUAAAAUCCCUGACUCAGCGUUUUCUUCACCUUACCACCUGUCUCCAGGCGGAGGUUGGGACGCAGCUGCAAAGAACGCACGUCUUUAUUUUGAGGAUGAUUAUGACGACAAAAGAAUUGGAUCAUGGUGCGCAAAAAGCCAUGAUUCUGCAAGAUCAGCUGAUGGAUAUGUUCAGGUUGAUUUGGGUUCACGAAAAACGAUUUCAUACAUUGCUACACAAGGUCGUGACAAAUAUUUUGAACGCGUUGCUAAAUUCAAAAUCCAAUAUGGAGAUAAUGGUUCCACCUUCCAAACUUAUCAGGAAGGAGGAAGCGACAAAGUUUUUGAUGGAAACUGUGAUCACGUGACACCUGUUCUUAACAAGUUCACCAAUCGUAUCACUGCAAGAUAUAUUCGAUACAUCCCAACUGAUUGGAAUUACCCAUGUGUAAGAAUGGAGUUUUAUGGAUGCUAGAAAUAAAAAUUCAGAUCGGAAUAUAA